CACAUUAAUCUAUGGCGUCAACUGUCAACGUGCUGUCAACGCAGUAGUUUCCGUGUAACGACAAGGGGCCCCAAAAUGCGCGAAUUGUAACACAAUGGGGCAAGGCAAAAGUCAGUUCAGCGAAGAGGAGCUCCAAGACUACCAAGAUCUCACCUACUUCACGAAAAAAGAAGUCCUAUAUGCCCACCAAAAGUUCAAAUUCUUAGCCCCCGAGAAAGUCGGACACAACAAAAAUGCCAAACUGCCAAUGUCGAAAAUGCUCAAUUACCCAGAGCUCAACGUAAACCCGUUCGGUGACCGCAUUUGCAAAGUUUUCAGUUCUAGUCGCGAUGGAGACUGCACGUUCGAGGAUUUCCUAGACAUGAUGUCGGUUUUUAGCGAGAAUUCCCCCAAGUCGGUGAAAGCCGAACACGCGUUUAGGAUUUUUGAUUUCGACGGCGACGACAUGUUAGGCAUGUCUGACUUAAAACAAGUCAUUGAGCGGUUGAUCGGGAAGGACAACCACUUAAGUGAGCAGGAAAUGGAGCAUUUGAUCGAAAACGUUUUGGAAGAAGCGGAUCUGGAUGACGACCGAGCUCUCUCGUUUGCCGAAUUUGAACACAUUAUUAAUAGAUCUUCAGAUUUUAUGAAUGCAUUUCGGAUGCGUCUUUAAUUGAUCUCAAUCCAUGACCAAGUUCGAAUAAUUCCACAAAGAGCCAAAGUAACCAAUUUUAUUUAGUGAAAUGUACAAACUUACACUGUAAUCUUUUUAAUACAUCACAUUAUGAUUGUAAAUA